AUAUAGCUCCCUAGCUUCAGCCUCGCUAGAGCGCGUGGAUUUCUUACAAGAAUUUCAUUUGCUGCUCCAUUUUCUUUGCUGUUCUUUUUCCCAUUAAUUAUCUCUUCGCUGCUCGUUCGACAGUGGAAACUUCUCUCAGAAUUUUCAUUGACGAGUGUUCCUUUCUGCUUUCUACUACAGAUACUUCGCUGGAAAUUAGUUUCUUUAUAACCUAUUAUUAAUCACUACCCAUUUCUUUCUUUCUUUCUCCGUACGAUCUGAUUCCGGAUAGGGCAACAUCUAUUGUAGAAACAGCUGCACAAGAAUUGUCGUGGGCUAUCUCCCGGAUGGUUUUGGUUCUGAUUACUACUUAACGAAAAGGAGAGAGAAGUUCAGGGUUUGAUUGGCGGUAGCAAGUAUAUACAGAAACUCCGAACGAAGCAGUACUACUUGGAAUUACAGCCUUUCGUUGGGGGGAGCUUUAUGUAACUGCAAGUUUCAGUUUCUUAUGCAUAGUACGGAAGACUCUGCACUAAGAUCCUUCAAGUAAAGUUGUUUCAGAAUUUUGUGACGGAUUGUUCCCAUAUUAGCCCCUUCGAAGACUCAAUAUACUGACCUAGGAUCCAAAUUUCUGGAAAGGAAACUCUUUCGGUUCUCUCAGUAUAUCAGAGAGAGAUCGGUACAGAGAAAAGGAAGCUGGCAAAUAAUAAGUGGUGGGAGAGAGUAGAUGUGGCGAUGGCGGGGUACAAUGAAGACAACCAAGCUGGUUCUCGCUAUUUUCACCACCUCCUCAGGCCCGAACUGCACCUCCAGCCACCUCCUACUUCUACCAUUAAUCUACAGCACCAUCACUCCCAACAAAACUCCGAUUCCAAUGACUCGUCAGACCCAGACAACAAGCCCGACACCGAUGCCCAAGCCACUAGUAGCUCCGGUGCAGCCACCAACUCCAGCCGCCGCCCCCGUGGUCGUCCCCCCGGAUCAAAGAACAAACCGAAGCCACCGAUUAUCGUGACACGAGACAGCCCCAAUGCCCUUCGAUCCCAUGUGCUCGAGGUAGCCAACGCCGCCGACAUCGUGGAGAGCGUGACCAAUUAUGCGAGGAGGAGAGGGAGAGGGGUUUGUGUGCUGAGCGGAAGCGGGACAGUAAUGAAUGUUACGCUGCGGCAACCUGGGGUUCCGGCGGGGAGUGUGGUAACGCUGCACGGGAGGUUCGAGAUUCUGUCUCUCUCUGGAACGGUGCUCCCACCUCCGGCUCCGCCUGGAGCGGGGGGGUUGUCAAUAUUUUUGUCUGGUGGACAGGGACAGGUUGUUGGGGGAAGUGUGGUGGGGCCGUUGGUGGCAUCUGGUCCGGUGGUUUUGAUGGCUGCUUCGUUUGCGAAUGCUGUUUUUGAACGUUUACCGUUAGAGGAUCAGGAGGAAGCUGGUGCCGUUCAAGUCCAACCCUCAGCGUCACAGUCUUCCGGUGUGACUGGAGGAGGCGGCGGCGGCGGCGGAGGACACCUUGGGGAGGGCAGUGGUGGAAGUGGAAGUGGUGCUGGUGCUGGUGGUGUUUCUCUUUUUAGUAUGGGAGCUGGGAAUAUGGGGAAUUUUCCAUUUUCGGGCGAUCUGUUUGGAUGGGGUGGGAGUGCUCCAAGGCCUCCAUUUUAAUUAGUGGAGAUUUCAAUAUUUGAGAUGGAAAUGUAUGUUAGACUUCGAGUGAUACUAGAUCGAUGUUGGUUCUGCGACUGGCUCAUGAAUGAGCUCAAUUUUUCUCAGCUUUAAAUAACUGUUGGAGAUGGAGGAGGUGAUGAGAUCAGGAGAACGUACAUGUAAAGCUAUCCUUUUUUUUUUUCGGUUUGUUUGAUCAAAAUGUUCCUAAUAUAUUUAGCAAAUUGGUCCUUUCAUCAUCUUUGCACUGAGAAGAUCAAAACAAGAAAUUAUGAAGGCUUGAUAUCUUCACGAAGGAAGCCAUCAUGCAUGAGUUUGGAGCAAAUAUUUAAGGAAUCUGCAGGCUUUUUAAUUCGGAGGUCAGUGAUCGAUAAACCAUUUGGUUCUUUCCUAGAUCUUCUUUUGUUUUUUUUAACUUUUCCUCUCUUAAUUUCUUCACUUAUUUCAGCUAGCUAGCUUUAUACAUAAGGGGUGGAGACUUGUAUUGCGGAAAAAACUGCUAUAUAUAAUAGACAUAUCUGGGGCUUUAUUUUUGUGUUUAAUUCCAUGCAUCUCUUGGGCAGCAGUACUUCAUCAUAUACAUGCCGUAUUCUUUUCUGUGUUGAUGUUUGAAUAUAAGAAUUUGAUCAAAACGAGUUUCAGUUUGUGAAUUUCUAACAUGAAAUUUACACAAGUAUUGGGAAGCUAUAUAUAUAUGUGGGUCCUCUUAAUUAAUUACCUGUGUAUAUAUGUAGAUCGAGAUAUAUACAUGCAUGGUAGAUAUAUCAUGUACAUAUGAAUUUUAGAUAUAAUUUUAGAUACAUAUAUAUAUCCAUAUUUAUUUAGCUGAAUAGUAUAAUAUUAUAUAUAUCCUUUGUUUUUGUCUUGCCAAAACUCCGUGUGCCCCAUGCUGCAAAAAGUCUUUGCUUUUGUCACAUGAAUGAACCCGUGCUGUUUUAUCCAUCUUUUUUGUGCCACUGUCUUCAGUCCAUUUUCUGCUUACCCAACAUAGGAAAAGCACCCUGAAGAACCCCAAAAGCUUGUCUCCCUAACAGCAUAAAACCCUAGCUAGCUAGUUCUGAACUUCUAGGAACAAUGCAAGACCAAGCAUCUCUCUCUCUCUCCAGCCAACUUGCAGUUGGCUGACCAAACGUUACAGCAGUAGAAACUAGACAAAGAAUUGAACGUUCUUUUUGUCAGUAGUAAAACAUACGUUUACUGCAUGGGUUGCAGAGAUUGUGAAUUAGAAUUAUUAAGCAUAAUUAAAACAUGCUUGCCUACGACAUUCGAACACUUGUCUCGCACUUUUGUAUUUUGAAAAAAAAUGGAAGCAGCUUCUUCUCCCAAGACCCAGAAAAGAAAAGAAAAACAAGAAUCAAGCUCCAGACAACUUUUGCCCAAAUGAUAAUUCCCGAGAAAAGGGGUAAAAAAAACUCAGGAAAUAUUUAUUCAUGUAAUUAAUUAACUUAGCGACUUCGAAACUUUGACAGAGGGGAAAUAAUGUUCUUGAAACUUUGGAUUUGAUCUCUCUGUUCUUUUUGUAUGGACCUUGAAAGGCUAGAUUUUAUGUCCUAAACUUCUCAAAUUGAUUUUUAAAAACUUUGGUAUAAUAUCAUGCAAUGCCAAAACCUAAGACGUCCUGUCUAGCUUUUCCCUUUUCCAUAGUUAAUCAUGGAUUAUGUUGCACUGUUGUGUUAGUUUUAGUGGGCAAUGUACCAAUUAUCUGCUAUAGUAGCUACACAUGCACGCAAAGGGAGGAAAUGAUAUGUGAUCUAUAGAAGACCAGUAUUAAUAAUAAUUCGCCUUAUCCCUUAAGGGAGAGAAGCUUUCUUUUUCUUAAAUCUUGUAGAUUGAGGGAUCAGAGAUGAAUCAUCAAGGGAUAACUGAUAAUUUUCCCGUGCUUCAUUUAAUGUUAGUAGAGCAUAUACAAACAUUUUCUUUUUAAAUGAUCGAUGCUAUUUUUUAUUUAUUUCGCAAUUGGCUUGAUAUUGAAUGCCUGAAACAUGUUUCUUUCAUGUUGCAUGCCAAUGAAGCAUUCUCCUCCUCCUCCUGCUGCUGCUGCUGCUGCUGCUUCUGCUUCUUUUUCUUCUCCUCCUUCAUGUGCUUCUUGUGCUUCUCCUUCUUCUGCUCCUUCUCCUAGCUUCUCCUUCUCAAUAUAGGGAAUACUUGUGUGAUCUGUUGCUUUGCAUCUUAAUUAUUAAAACUUUUGGAGUUUGUUGAGAUAUUAAUGCAGAAGCUUUCUAGGACUGAUAUUCAUUCUUUUCUGGGAAA